UUUUUUUUGUGACAACGGUUCUUAUGUUCAUACGAUCCAUCCACAAUGCAGUCCACCACGCGCCAGUCUUGACAUUUGCCCGCCCUUCUUUACCCUUCACUAUACGCAUUUCCAAACAUACUUUACAUAUCAACGCAGUGUGCCUUCGAUCGUCGUGGGAACCCUGGGAAGAUACUUUCAUUCGCGACUAUAUUGCACAAAACGGCUGCAAGUACAGAGAUUUAGUUGAACAUUGUCUUCCGCAUCGCACAGUGACUGGUGUCGAGCAGCGUUGGAAUGAACAUUUAGAUCCAAGCCGGGUACGCGGAGGCUUUUCCAAACAAGAGCUCGCCACGGUCCGUCGUGCAGUCAACGAGCUUGGUGAAGGCCACUGGACCGAGAUAUCCAAAAAUUAUCUACCACAACGAACACCUCGCUCUAUCCGAUACAACUACUAUUAUCACUGCGUGCCAUCCGAACAUGUUAAAGCGAAACGCAAGCCAUGGACAGCUGAGGAGGACGCAUUGUUGCUGCGAGGUUAUAAAGAGUACAACCGCCAAUGGACGCAAAUUAGUCGAAAGUAUUUGCCCCACCGCAGUCAUGUCGGUAUACGCGACCGCUAUGACGAAACGCUCGAUCCAACAAUCAAGACAGAUCCAUGGACGGAGUCAGAGUACGACUUGUUGUUAAGACGCCACAUCAUGUAUGGUGACGACUGGAACAAGGUUGCUGAAGGGUUGGCUGGACGCACGCCUCGCGCAUGCCAACGCAAAUGGAUCCAAAAGGUCGAGCCGUCGAUAGGUGGCGGGAAGAAGGAAUGGUCAACCAAAGAAACCCGACUGUUUUGGCACUUGGCGUGUGCGCAUGAUUUCCACUGGCCACAAGUUGCCAAACUACUCGGCCGGGAUCGUGUCGCUUGCAGUAACAAAUUUUAUGAUGAUAUUCGGGCCAUGCAACCUUUAUUGGACAACGAGCUGGACCAGCUAUCCAAUGAAACCAUGGCACAGUGGAAGCGACGGAUAGGCUUACGCAUGCGCCAUUGGACAGACAGCGGUUAUACCGUAGAUACGAGCGCAACGGGCGCAUUGAUGGUGACGGGAGGCGAUUGGACAGACGAAGAAAUCGAGACGCUUAAAGAUACCAUACACAGCAUGCAACGUAUUGAUUGGCAAAAAGUUGCGGCCAAGGUCGGUAAGUCGCCGGUGCGGUGUCGAAGAAAACACAAGGAAUUGCUAGGUCCCCAAGUACGGCGAGAACCAUGGGCACCAGAAGAGGACGAACAGCUAUUACAACUAGUCCAUAAUUACGACACUCAAUGGGAACGUAUUGCACAAGAGAUGAGCCAUCGCAGUGCGCAACAGUGCAUGUCUCGCUGGUAUCGCCACCUAAAGUACCGUGAUGAAGACAAGCUAUCCAACAUGAAGCAAGGCAAUUUCAGCGAGCAAGAAAAGGCAUUGGUGCAGGAAGGUGUGCAUAUGUUUGGCAAUAACUGGGUUGCGAUUGCAAAGACAUAUCUACCACAGCGGACGGCUGCGCAAUGCAUGCGAUGGUGGAAGCAGCAUGGACAAAAUUCGGGCCGUUGGACGGCGGAAGAGGACGACAAGCUGCGAUUCGCAGUAUGCGAGUUUGGAGAAAAUUCGUGGAAGGAUGUGGGUGCCUUGGUGUUGACACGAACGCCUCAUCAAUGCCGCAUCCGAUGGAUUCAAACAUUGGAUCCAAACAUCAAACGUGGGCGAUGGUCACAGGAGGAGCAGAUACGACUUGCUGAACUCGCCCAUGUGCACAAAGACGAGUCGUCUAGGGUGGAUUGGAAAGCUGUUGCCAAAAAGCUGGGCACUGGCCGGACAUCAUGGACUUGUAAAUACAAGUAUCAGCACAUGGUGCAAACGGGCAAUCAGUUUGGCUUGCGGCAUCGAAACAAUAAAAAGAGAUUAUGAUCCUCUAACCUGUGAUGGAUUCCCUGACAUAAUUUCCCAUUGGUACCUGAAACCUGUAUUUUUAUUGACAGUCACUUUUUUUUUUGAAGCUGCCAAACUUUUUUUUUUGA